AUUGUGCAGCGAACAUGUCGAAAGGACUGGGAAUGUGUGCCACAGUAGCGCUUUGCCUGUCUCUGGUCCAGGCAGCUGUUAUACCACGUGCUGAGCUAAAAGCCGGGUCCACGCCCGCGCAAGAUACUACCAAGAGACCGAGUCUGGAAGAAGAUGUGACCACCGAAGAGGCAACUUCGUUGGCCAGUCCCGCUUUUAGUCGCGAUGAGACUGCUAGCAUAUUGAUUGACCCGGCCCCAGAAACCCUUCAGGUGGAUGUUCUACCCCAAAAGAAGUCCGCAAAACUCCUCCUGUUGAGCACCCCAUCCAAGCGAACCGUGGAGAUUGAACGUCAGCUGGAGGAGCAGGACGAGGGAGAGGACAGCAAGGCGGACGUUGAGGAAAGCGAGGCAGCCUCGGCCUCCGGCUCCGCCACCACGCCACAGCCCACCGCAGAAGAGCAGACCACAGACAGCCAGGAUAGUCCCACCACAGAGGGCAGAGAGUCGGAGGAAACCACAACUCCGGCCACAACAAAACUGUUUGCCAUUGAGGGCACAGUCGCUGGCGGGGACGCGCUCCAGCCCAAUGUAGCCCUAUCCCUGGCUCAGGACUCUGUCAACUCCACAGUUUCGAUUGCCGAACAGCCGCAGGUGGCCGGCGACAACAAUGCAGCUGUAGAGCUGGCCCUCGUAGAGCCGGAGGCAGAGUACGUGCUGGUUGAGGGACACCAGGAUGAGCUGGACCUUCAGCUGGCGAGCUUCACGCACAUUGACAGCGAUGUGCGCUUGCAGCCGGUGGUGCACUCUGUGGAAAUCGUGCCCACCAGCUUCGAUGAUCCUUUGAUUGUCAAUUACGUGCACAGUUUGCGAUGACUUUGACUGGGAGUACAAAUGGAAAUGGAGACGAAAUCAAUCAGAAAGCUCCGGGUUUAUUUUUGAUUAUGUUAAAGUAUAUGUUUGCUUAUU